UUUUAGGGGAGUUUUAUAUUUCAAAAAAAAUAAGUCAUGUUUUCUGGAUGCAUUGUUACACUAGACCUUGCCACUAAUGCAAGUUUUAGGGAAAAAGAGAUUCUGAGAAAAGCAAUUGUUAACAAUGGGGGAGUUGUUAGCUAUAUUAUUACAAAGAAGAGUACUCACGUAGUAGUUGCUUCAAAAGAAUUUGCACAAACAUCUUAUCGCUGUGAGCGGGCAUUAAAGUAUGGAGUUCCUGUUGUUACAAGCGAUUUUAUUACAAAAUCAGUUGAAGCAGGAUUUUUACUAAAUCAUGAAUCAUUUCUAGCUUUUAAAAUUGAGAAAGAAAGUGUUGAUGAGCUUAAAUCAGGAAAACUUUCUACAAAAUCAUCAAACAAUAACAAUUGUAUGAAGAAAGUUUCCGAGGCCGAAGUUUUGUUAAACUGCAGGGUAUGGAGUGAUGGAAAAGGACCUUGGAAUAAUGAUAUUUUGUUUGAAGUGCCAAAAUAUUUCCUUCUUCUUGAAAACUCAAAAAGUGAUGGGAACAGGCCUUUUUGUUUAAUCGAGCUUCAUGUUUCUUGUGAUGGAGCAUGGAGGGUAUGGUGUCAAUAUGGAAAUAAUGUGACAGAAAAGGAAACAAGCAAAAAUGUUUGUGAAUACAGAGCAGCAAAAGACGCGUAUGAAUGUGAAAUUUUAUUUGGUGCUUGUAUAAAUCAGUAUAAAAAAGAGUUUCAAAAUAAAAAUGAACUUAGUGAACCACUUUCAAAAAGUUAUGCUAUUGGAUCAAAAUAUCUAUAUGAAUGGCCUGGAAGAAAUUCUGAAGUAAGAACAGAAAUGACAUCAAACUUAAGUCACCUAGUGAACACCAUUUGGGCAGAUGCUCAAGGAAAUUUAAAAGAUUUGCUUGCAAAUAGCAUUCACUCAUAUAUCUUAGCUGAUGUGGUCAGGGCUGAAGGAAUUUUAUUGCAAAUAAAAGAAUGUUUUGAAAAGAAAGAUGAAAAGUUAAAAACUUUAAGUGAAGAGUUCUAUAGUAUAAUAAAACUUAAAAAAAAUAACAAUGUUUUAGAUAAUGCUAAAAUCAUUUCAAGAAUGUUUGACCUAUGUCAGGUGAUAAAGGAUGUAGUUGGAGUAAGCGAAUCAACAAACUGGAAAACCAUUCCAAGUUUGAAUGCCAAAUACAAAGCAUUGGGAUGUAAUAUUAAAGAACUACACUAUGAAGCUUUAGGUGAACUAAAGAAAACCAUCUCAAUGUCAAGCAUGGAAGCUAAAGAAAUUGAAGUUUUAAGUGCCUUUGAAUUGAACCGAAUAUCUGAGAAAGGAGGAGUUGAUUUUGUUGGACCAUUUUUUCAUUCUACAUCUACAGAAAACUUGGUUGGAAUUUUAUCCAGAGGUUUACUUUUACCAAAAGUUGUGGUUGAUCAACACGGAGGAGAGAGGACUGAUGUUGGCAUGCUUGGCAAUGGGAUAUAUUUUGCAAGUGCUGCUUCCACUUGUAUUAAAUACUCCAAACCAUCACAAACAAGUGGCAGCAGGUUUAUGCUUUUGUGUGAACUAAAUUUAGGAAAAACAAAGACAUACAGAAAAUUUCAGAAAGAUUUAAAUGAAGCACCUGCUGGAUAUGAUAGCACACAUGGAGUUAAAUCUACUAGCAAUGAACCAUCUGAUUUUGAUGAUGAUGAAUUUUGUGUUUAUGAUGUAUCACGCCAGAGAAUAACGCAUAUUGUUGAGUUUAAAUUAGCAAGUGAUAAUGUGCACCAUACUUUAAACAACGAUGUUUCUGAAGAUGAAGGGAUUGAGUCUGAUUUUGAUUCAGAAUCAGAACUUAGCAUAAAAGAUGUUGAUAGUGUUCAAGACCCUCUCUCAAAAGUUGUUAGUGGUCUGCAAUCCAGCACAAAUCAACCUGUACCACUUACUGCAGUCCAUAUUCGUGCAAAAUUGCAAGAGUUUUCAUCAGAGGUAGUUGUGCUUCAGGCUUAUCGAAAUGAUAGUAUCAAUCCUAUUGAAGCAAAAUAUGUAUUUCCUCUAGAAAGUUCUGCUGCAGUAUGUAGUUUUGAGGCAUUCAUAAAUGGAAAGCACAUUGUGGGAAAAGUAAAAGAAAAGGAGCAAGCGCGAAAAGAAUAUAAGGAAGCAAUACAACAAGGUCAUGGUGCAUACCUUAUGGAAGAACAAGAGGAGUCACCAGAUGUUUUCACUGUUACUGUUGGGAAUUUACCACCAAAUUCAGAUGUUCUUAUAAAAAUUACUUAUGUUGCGGAACUAUCUCUAGAAGAUGAUCAAAUAAGUUUUUCACUUCCUGGUUGUGUUGCACCAUGGGUGAAAGACCAAGCAUUAGCUACAAAAAUGCAGAAUGAACUGGAAACAAUUAACGUUAAUUCUUUUGGUGAGUUUUCUCUUGAAAUUUCUCUUGAGAUGCCUUGCGCUAUCAGAUCAAUUGUUUCUCCAACUCAUGGAAACAUCUUAAUUAAGAAAACUGCAACAAAAGCUGUUGUUAAAAUGAAUGAUCCACUUGGUACCUCAUUUCAACUUUUAAUUGCUCUUGCAGAGAUACAUGUUCCAAGAAUGUGGGUACAAAAAAGUCCUCAGGAUAGUGAUAAGCAGGCUUGUAUGUUGAGUUUUUUUCCUGAAUUUGAUGGUGAUAUUGGUGAUCAUGAAGUUAUUUUUCUUAUUGAUGCGUCAAAUUCAAUGAAAGACCAUUUUAUUGAACUGCAAAAGCUUGUUUAUUUGACAUAUGAAAAGAUGCCACAAAGUACUAAAUUCAACAUGGUUAUAUUCAAUGACACUUAUAAAGAAUUAUUUCCAUAUUCAAGAUUUAAGGAUGAAAGUAAGCAACAAGUUAUGAGUCUCCUUAAGUUACUAAAAAACUGUAAUGGAGGAACACAUUUAUGGAGUGUAUUAAAGAUGAUUGAGAUGCUUUCUUGUGAAUCUACCAUGAAGAAUGUGUUUCUUUUUUCUGAUGGUCAUAUUUUUGAUGAGAUCAGCACUUUAGCAAGAAUACGUAACCUAAAAAAGAAUGUUCGAUUGUUCACAUUUGGUGUUGGCACAACUCCUAACAAACACAUUUUACAAAAAAUGGCAUGCUUAGGAUCUGGGUAUUUUGAGUAUUUUGAUAAAAAUGCAAAGUCAAAAUGGCAAAAAAAGGUAGAACUUCAAUUGGAAAAGUGUCAGCAGCCAGUUUUGACAAACAUUAAAAUACAUUGGAUUCAACAUGAUGAAGAUGCACCAAAACCACUUCAAGCACCAAAUGAGAUUACUACAUUAUUUAAUGGCAAUCGGUUAGUGGUUUAUGGCUUUGUUCCACAUUGUACAAUGGCAAAUUUAUCGGCUAUUCUUAAUGGUAAAGAGUUGAAUACAAUAGUAUCAACAUCAGAAUUAAGUACAACAGUAGGAUUGACAAUACAUCGACUUGCAGCAAAAUCUGUCAUUAAUGAUUGGAAUGAUGGGAUGUUGCACCAAGAUCAGUACAAACAUGAGGCAAUAAAAGCAGAAAUGAAAGGAAAAAUAAUUCAACUUAGCAUUGAAUACUCAAUUGUGACUAAAUUUACAAGUUUUAUAGCUGUUGAAGAACGAGAGAAAAAUGAAGGUAAAGAUGUUACUGCUCCUACCAUUAAUGAACUUGUUCUCAUGGAAACUGUUGAUAUUCUACCAUAUAUGGGAUUUGAAACUAAAACGAAAAGCGUACCUAUGGAUAAGGCUAAAUUUAGUUUGUCUGAGAUUUUAGAUGGUAUGCAUAUGCUAAAAGAUGAAUUGAGUUUGUCUGAAGAUGAUUAUGAUAAUGACGAUUCAUCGCUUUCAAGGCAGGAGAGUGAAGAAGAAAAAAAAUUAUAUAAGAAACCUAUUAUUUUGGAUAUAGGAAUGGCAGAAACCAAGGCUGGUUUUGCUGGUUGUAGAGCUCCAAAAGUUGUUAUUCCAACAUUAGUUGGACGGCCAAGACAUCAAGGUGUAAUGGUUGGAAUGGGGCAGAAAGAUGCUUAUGUUGGUAAUGAAGCAUUGUCUAAAAGAGGCAUAUUAACUUUAUUAAGCCCUUUUAAAUUAGAUAAAGAAAUUAAAAAACCUUUAAAAGUUGAGGGAAGUCCUUCUUUUCUAUCAAUGUCAAAACCAGAACCAUUUCUUAAAAAGAUUAUGUUUAAAAGCUGUUCAAGAUCUGAAACAGACAGUACGAAACCAUUGCAGCUCAUAGGUGAUACAGGUAACAUAGUUAAACCAGAAACAAGUAAAGCUAUAAAUCCGAAGUUUAAAAUUGCCAAAUGCAAACGUGAAUUAUCAAAAGGACUAUCAACAUUACAACAUUCAUCUGUGCAGCAAUCAAUUAACAUAGAUUCUGAUUCAGUAGAUUAUCAAAAAUCAUACAUCAUGCUGACAAAGCAAAAAGAAUGUGCUGAAAUUGAGCAGACUUCAGAUGAUUUUCUUUCAAUGCAAAGUGAUAAUCUAAUGAUGGAUUAUUGUGAGAUGCUUGCGAGUAAAGAAAGCAUUUAUUUGGAAUCUGAUUCUGUUAAAGAUAUUCACCAAUUUAAAUUAAGAGAGAAGAAAUCUGCUACUCCACCGCCAUCAUCAACAAGAAAUGUGUCAUCGCUUAGAAAAAAGCAACCUUUUCCUGAACCGAUGGUAUCAAAGGUUUGCCUUCAAGCUAAGAUGCCAGAUCUUCCGAUGCCACCACCACCACAAUUAAUGCCACUAUUUGGAGCAAAACAACCUUCAGCUGAACCAAUGUUAUUAAAGGCUUGCUCUCCAGCUAAGAUGCCAGAUCUUCCGAUGCCACCACCACCACAAUUAAUGCCACUAUUUGGAGCAAAACAACCUUCAGCUGAACCAAUGUUAUUAAAGGCUUGCUCUCCAGGUAAAACUUCAUUUUUUUCACAACCACCACCGCCACCACCUGCACAAUCAAUGUACUUAUUUGGAGCAAAACAACCUUUACCUGAACCAACAUUGUCAAAGGAUUGCUUACCAGGUAAGACUUCAUUUUUUUCACAACCACCACCGCCACCACCUGCACAAUCAAUGUACUUAUUUGGAGCAAAACAACCUUUACCUGAACCAACAUUGUCAAAGGAUUGCUUACCAGGACUAAUGGGUAAAAAAUUAGCUGCUCCACCACCAGCAGCACAAUCAGUGUCACUAUUUGGAUCAAAUAAAUCUAGUUUAAUGUUUUCAAGGAACUCUUGUUUUUCAGAUGAUUUAGGAAUGCCAAAAAGAGAAGAACAUAGUUUGGAUUUAUGUGAUGAUUUAGAGAUGUUGGCAGAUGAGAAAUUAAGUUUGGAUUAUAGGCCUGCUGCUACUGGCACUAUCUCUGCUUGUCAUUUUGUCAAGCCAAUAAGUUGUGCAUAUUAUGAACCUUGUUUUUUGGAAAGAAAAAAAACUUCUAUUGAAAAUGGACUCAAAUCUGUUUUCGACUGCUUUUUUAAAGAUGAAAAAUUUGAGAGACCUUUUCUAGAUGGUCGUUCGUUUGUUUUUUUAAACAAAACAUCGAAUGAAGAUUUGAUAAACAACACUUUAGAAUUUCUUGUAGAAAACCAGCACUCAGACGGAUAUUGGGAGCUUGAAGAUAUUUUUCAAGAUCAACAGUCUACCAUAUCGUUCGAUAUACUUUUUGUGGAUGUUUGCAGAAAACUUGCAUUAUCAUUAUGUGGGGAAAAAUAUUCUUCUGAGAUUCAGCGUUUAAUUGCCACAAUUAUUGUCUGCGUCAUAUUUAAGCUUGCACUUAGUAAUGAUAAAGCUCUUUGGUCUUAUCCGUAUCAUCUUCGUGAAAGUAAUUUGAAAGCAUCAGAUAAGUUAACGAGCGCAUUUUUUAAAGGAAAAAGUUAUAUUUUACAUGAGGAUUGUAAAUUUCCCUCUAUUCAUACCCGUUUGGGACUGGGUUAUAGCUUAGAAGAGAUGACAUUUCAAGUUUACCGAUUAGCUUCACAAAGUUUUGAUAAACGUAUGGAACUGCGACUUUAAUAGAAGCAAUUAACAAAUGCUUUAACAGGCGGUUGAUACUUGAACCCGGUUGAAACUUUGUACUUGAAAUAUUUUUGUUAUUAUUGUCUUGAAAUAUUUUUGUUAUUAUUGUCUUAUUCAAUUUUUAUUUAUAUUUGCAUACAUUUUUUUUAUAUAAAUUUUUUAAGUGCAGAUAAUUUUACAAAAAAAUGGAACUAUUGUUUGCAACAUUUAGACUUUGGUUUGAAUGUUGCACUAGUGUCUUUUAAUGUUUAAUGUGCAAUUUUAAUGUUUAAAUAAUAUUAAUACUGAAAUUUAAAACACAAAAUGACUAGUUAGGCACCAUAGUUAAAGGUUUUUGCUAAAUGUUUUUAUUUUUUUAUUUUUUUUUUUUAUUUCAUCACUUGUAGAUUAUUUACGCUAUUGAACAAUUUUAACGUGUAUCAUUUUUAAUAAGAGACGUUUGCUGAUGAUGGUU